AUAGCGAUCGUUCGAUCAAUAUUUAUAACUUCAUACGCUUUCACUCCAACCUGUAUAUUUUAAGCUUUGCUGGUGUUACCUAGCAGGCCCAAGCUAUCUACAUCAUGUCCAUAGAGCUGGUAAACUUUAUCCCAACUGACAGUGACCCAGAAAUGACCCAAGUUGAGCCAGUUCAACCAGUCAAACCAGAAAAAGUAGAUGUUGUUCUUCCUAAAGGAGCUACAGAUACAAGUGAAUUUUCACACAUCUCUCUUCAUCAGGCUGCUCGUGAUGGGAGAGUAGAUGUUAUCAACCAUCAAAUAUUUAAACUUGGUCGUGCAUCAUCAGCUCGUCGUUAUAAUGCCAUAAACAAGUUAGAUGAUGAUAGAAUUUCUCCACUUCAUUAUGCCGUCAGAUAUGGCCAUCUGAAUAUUGUCAAAUUGCUUGUAGAUAAUGGUGCUGAUAUCAACAUAGAGGGUCUAGAUGGUGCAAUACCAUUGCAUUAUGCAGCCAGGUUCCACUCUGUCACGUCCAAAGCAAGACACCAAUCAGCCAUUAGUGCAAGCGUAGAAGAUAACGUAGAUAACCUUCUAUCUGAAAAUGAACUAAGACCCACGCGUGCCUUUUCAGAGGAUGCGAUAAGUCUAUCAGGUGAUGAUGGAGAGUCCAUAAUAGACUAUCUACUGUCUCUCGAUUGUGAUAUUAACAAUAGAGAUAGUUAUGGGCAAACACCACUGCAUUAUGCAGCCAACAAGAAUAAUGUUGCAGGUGCAAAAAAGCUAUUGCAACACAGUGGUGUAGGAGUCGAUGAACGCGACAGUAGCAGUGGUACCCCUCUGCAUGCAGCGGCCACCGUUGGAGCCGAAUUAAUCGUCAAAGCUCUCAUAGACAAAGGAGCCGACAUCAGAGCCAAAGAUUACGAGAAUUCCACGCCCCUCCACUUCGCCUGCUCUGAAGGACACUUAAAUGUUGUUCAACUUCUUCUGGCGAUGGGAGAAAAACAGCACGGGGAAGAAUAUGUAAGCGCCAUGUUGGCGGAUAGGAACUCUGAGAAGGAGUGUGCCUUGCAUGUGGCAACAGACGGUAGCUUCUUGGACAUAGUAGAACUACUCAUUAACAAAGGAGCUAAUGUACGAGACGUGCGUAAUAACAACACACAACCUCUUCAUUUGGCUGCUAUUAGUGGUGAGAUCCAUAUUGCAAAGCUUCUAAUUCAGCAUGGAGCAAACAUUGAAGCCAGAAAUGCUAAUCACGAAACACCAUUACAUCGAGCAGCUGCCUUUAACAGGCAUUCGUUCGUUCAUUUUUUGAUUGAUAAAGGUGCAAAUAUCGAGAGUUGUGACAAGAACAACUUUACUCCUUUACUGUCAGCUGCUUGUGAAGGACAUACAUUGGUUGUGACUGGGCUCCUGAAACGAGGAGCCAAUCUGAAUGCGAAAAACAUUCACAACAAAACUGCGAUAUUUAUGGCUGCUGAGGAGAAUUGUGUAGAAACGUUAAAGGAAUUACUGAAUCAGUCAACAUCAAAUAGUCUCAUCAACGAGAGUGAUAUCUAUGGAAACACACCACUGCAUGUUGCUGCACAGAAAGGUUUUGUCGUAGUCGCAGAGUUGUUACUGAAUAAUGGAGCAAAGAUUGAUCCAAUUAACGAGGAGGAGUACACACCGUUACAUCUUGCAGCUAAAUAUGGCAGGACAAGGACGGUCAUUGCUUUGCUAAAGAGAGAUUCGUCUAUCAUCAACGAUGAGGACGAGUCGUCCAACACCCCACUACAUUUGGCUGCCAUGGAAGGACACUGGAAGUGUGUUCGUGAACUUCUAGAGAAUGGAUCUCCUGUCGACGCCAGAAAUUCAUAUCUCUGGACGCCCUUGGAUUGUGCUGCAGACAAAGGACAUGUAAAAACAGCAGCGAUUCUCUUGGAUUACGAUUCUCCUGUCGACCCUAAAGACAAAACCAGGACUACUCCUCUCCAUUUGGCUGCCCGUGCAGGUCACAUGGAGAUGGUGGUGCUACUCUUGUCACGCAACGCGGACAUCGCAAUGACUGAUCACACAGGAAGAAACUGCCUGGACAUGGCCAUCGAUCAUGGACACAAGGAAGUGGCAGCUGCUAUUGUUAAAGCCAAAAACUGGUUGGAAGCCAUGAGGAACAAGACUCUAGAACAAGGAAAAGUUACUACUCCUAUGAGAAAACUGAUUUUGAAGUUACCUGAUGUUGCAGAGAUUGUCCUUAACCAGUGUGUAACAGACAACGGCCUACCAGUCUAUCACCAUGACUAUCAAGUUGAUUUGAAUUACGAAUUCCUAGAGGAUGUGUACGCUGAUUGGUUCGCGACCACUGGCGGCAGUAGCAUGGGAUCUGAUACGAGCAGUUUAGCUAGUGUUCAACUAGAGAAGUCCGAGUUUGGCUUCCAAAUGAUCGAUGAUGAAACGAUGAAAGAAGAGGCAACUAAACAACUAGAAAAGAAAAGCAGCCAUCCCCUCAUGAUUAUGAUCAAAAGAAAACGUGAAACACUGGCCAGCCACCCCUUGGUUUCGUUUCUCUUGCAUAACAAAUGGCGUAAAUACGGUCGCUUUGUUUACUACCUUAAGUUGUUAAUUUAUGUUGCGUUCUUGUUCUUUCUUACUGGUUACUCGGUUAUAACGACUGAAAAUCCAGCCAAGACAGUUGGUAAUGACACCAUAGGAAAGACGUGUCCAGCGGUCAACAUUAAAACAAAAACCUACAUUUUUUUUGUCGAAGUUGGAUCCGUAGUCAUCGUGGUUCUUGCAAGUUGGCAUAUACUAAUGGAGUUGUUCCAGAUGUUUUAUCAACUCCAACAUUAUCUAGCCUGGGAGAAUCUCUUGGAAUGGUGUACAUACGUUUCGUCUAUUGUAUACGUUGCAACUGAAUUCAAAGGCUCAGAUUCCUUUGGACUUUCAAAGUGCAGUGAGUGGCAUCAAAGCGUUGGAGCUGUGUCCGUCUUCAGUUCUUGGAYGAGCCUUCUUCUGUUCAUCAGGAAGUUCCCCAAACUUGGCAUCUACAUUGUCAUGUUCACUGACAUCUUUUACACAUUCACCAAAUUCUCCUUGAUUUUUUUCCUGUUCAUCGUCGCCUUUGCUCUUUCGUUCUUCAUGCUGUUUUCUAACACUGACUCAUUUCAGGGUGUCGGUCGGUCUUUGGUCAAGACAGGAGUCAUGAUGAUUGGUGAAUUUGAAUUCGACGAUCUCUUUGGGCCUGGUGUGCCUACAUUGAGCUGGGCUUUAUUUGUCAUCUUCCUCAUUGUUAUGACUCUUAUUCUGAUGAACCUGCUGAUUGGUUUGGCCGUAGACGACAUCAAAGGCGUACAGGACCAGGCUACACUUAAACGUCAAGCAAUGUUGGUUGAUUUAGCUCUUGAUGUCGAGAAAGCGUUUCCUCGUAAGAUGCGUAAAAGGCUUCUCGAACGCAAAGAGAGUUUUUUCCCGAACCAAAAUAAAGGAUUUUUGAGAUUUUUGAGUCAGCCGCCAUUAACACCACAGGAAAUGAGAGAAGCCCUUGAACUCGAAAAGUCGCCAAUCCAAAAACUAGAGGAACAGAAUGAGGUUAUUGGGAAGAGUGUAAAAACUGUCAAGGCGAGACUAAAGGAAAUGCAGCUGGCCCAAGAACAGCUACAAAACAUGUUGAAUGCUGUGGUUCAGAAGCUUGAGAUUACAUUGGAAGACGACGCUCCUGAUGAAUUCGAAGAAGAAUCUCUGUUCCUUCAUAAUGUAUUUAAAUAAUGUCUUCAGACACAGGGAUCCCAAUAAGAGUUAUUCACGAAAGACAUCUGAUUUAUUUUUUUACGGCGUCAAAUCCAAUGUGCUUUUAACAUGAUUUUUUGAUAACRAAAGAAUGAUUGCCACUGCUUAAAAGAGUCUUUUUUUUGUUUUGCGAGUUUCGAAGAUUUUUCUUUAUACUUUUGAAGAUUUUYAGCGCUUUUUCUGGUACAUAAAAUACUUAAUAAGCUGAUUUAGRCGCCGGAUUAAUGAAAUUUGGAACAUUUUUACUCAGCUUGACAAKUCAGGAAAAAGGAGGUAAAGUUUGACAUAAACCUUUAAAUUUUCAGGAGRAGUAGACCCGGUCGUCUUCUGCUCCUGAAGGUAAACCUGCAUUUGAGUAUAAAAAAACCGUAAUGGCGUCUAAUUGUGAGCACAGUCCAUGGUACCGUAGGGAUCCCACCGGACUAGGUAACAUAAGUGCACCCACAAAAUCAAAUGUCUGGUCUUGUUCUCGUUACCAAAUCUCGUGUUCCUUUUGGUUUGCGCGGCCUAACGAAGUGCUUUGGGCGAAUACAACUGCCAUAWUUGGCGAAUAAAACGGCAAGUCGAUAAAAUAGCCCUUCGCUACUUAGCGGAGACCAAAAGGAGCGCGGACUCCUAGAACGAGGUUCGACAAAGCAUCCAAAUAUGUGAAUGUUUUCACAUGGAAUAAGUCAAACUCGACUUUUCUUAGCCUUCACGAAAUGGCAUUUUUUCACAUAUAUAGCUGUUUAUAGCUGUUUAUACAACACCAAGAAACUACUGGCAGCAACAAAACUAAACUAAACUUGUAAUAUGUGCACAGGAAGCCCAGUUGUAGGUAAAGAGCUAAGGGUUCCCAAUCUAGGAGUAAGCCUACACCACAAUUGUUACUAAGAUUGUUAUAUCGUUUAUUUAAGUAGACAGCACAGAGGAACUUUGUAUAUAUGCAAUGGUUUGCCAUUAAAAGAAGAAAGAAAAAAACAGGCCUUAUUCAGUAGAGGAUAUACGUAAUAACGAUAUAUCGCRUCUUUGAAAACUUCAAAGCCCGACAUUUCAAUACGGUAUGUUUUCCAGUCGUAAUUUUUGUCUACAUUAGGCAUCAAAUCCAAUGUUCAAAGUAUUUAAUAGCUAACCAUUGACUACAAAUCAUAUCUAUCAGUACGYACAGUUGUAAGUUGUAUAACCCACGCUGAUAUUACUAAUGCAAAUAUAUAUACGUAUGCCCGAGGAAUAUGUGCAGGUCACUCUYGAACAAGUGAAAUUUGACUCAGCUGAACGUCACAUUUUGCUGAAAAAAUGAACUAAAAAUUCGAUUAUACAUUAAAAAAUAUGUAUUCUUG